GCUCAUUGCUGCCAGGACGCGCGGCCUCCUUGGCCUCUCUCCUCCCGCUGCCAUGCACCCUGCAGCCUUCCCGCUUCCUGUGCUUGUGGCCGCAGUGCUGUGGGGAGCGGCUCCCAUCCGGGGGCUCAUUCGAGCGACCUCGGACCAUAAUGCCAGCAUGGACUUUGCAGACCUCCCAGCUCUAUUUGGGGCUACCUUGAGCCAGGAGGGACUCCAGGGGUUCCUUGUGGAGGCUCACCCAGACAAUGCCUGCAGCCCCAUUGCCCCACCACCCCCAGCCCCGGUCAAUGGGUCAGUCUUUAUUGCGCUGCUUCGAAGAUACGACUGCAACUUUGACCUCAAGGUCCUAAAUGCCCAGAAGGCUGGAUAUGGUGCCGCUGUAGUACACAAUGUGAAUUCCAAUGAACUCCUGAACAUGGUGUGGAAUAGUGAGGAAAUCCAGCAGCAGAUCUGGAUCCCAUCUGUAUUUAUUGGGGAGAGAAGCUCCGAGUACCUGCGUGCCCUCUUUGUCUACGAAAAGGGGGCUCGUGUGCUUCUGGUUCCAGACAAUACCUUCCCCUUGGGCUAUUAUCUCAUCCCUUUCACAGGGAUUGUGGGACUGCUGGUUUUGGCCAUGGGAGCAGUAAUGAUAGUUCGUUGUAUCCAGCACCGGAAACGGCUCCAGAGGAAUCGACUUACCAAAGAGCAACUGAAACAGAUUCCUACACACGACUAUCAGAAGGGAGACCAGUAUGAUGUGUGUGCCAUAUGCCUGGACGAAUAUGAGGAUGGGGACAAGCUGCGGAUACUCCCUUGUGCUCAUGCCUACCACAGCCGCUGCGUGGACCCCUGGCUCACUCAGACCCGGAAGACCUGCCCCAUCUGCAAGCAGCCUGUUCAUCGGGGUCCUGGGGAUGAAGAGCAAGAGGAAGAAACUCAGGGGCAAGAGGAGGGUGAUGACGAAGGGGAGCCAAGGGACCACCCUGCCUCAGAAAGGACCCCACUUUUGGGUUCCAGCCCCUCUCUUCCCACUUCCUUUGGUUCCCUAGCCCCAGCUCCCCUUGUUUUUCCUGGGCCUUCAACAGAUCCCCCACCCUCUCCUCCCUCCUCUUCUCCUAUUAUCCUGGUCUAGUAACUGUCCUCCCCACCACACACACUGGUAACCUAUUUGCACAUUUUCUUCCCUCCAGUUUUCUAAGUUGAGGGAUAGGGGACAUUUCCAUCCCAAGCUUCUCCCUUACCCAGACCUAUCCUUUUCAGGAGCCUUGGGGUGGGCUGGGACAAGCAAAGGGACUGGGUCUUCACUUCUUGGGCUAAUAAAAUUGUUUUUGUGGACUAA